AUGCCAUUCGGUUCAUUAUAUAACGUUUUACAUGAGCAGUCAGCAAUUGUAAUUGAUCAACUUCAAGCUGCAAAAUUUGCAUUAGAUAUAGCCCGGGGAAUGUCUUUUUUACACUCAUUGGACCCAAUGGUUCUUCGAUACUACUUAAGUUCAAAACACAUCGUUGUUGAUGAAGAAUUAAGCGCAAAAAUUUCAAUGGCAGAUACAAAAUUUAGUUUCCAGGAAGUUGGCAGAUUAUAUUCUCCAGCUUGGAUGUCACCAGAAGCUCUUCAAAUUAACCCCGCAGCACUUAAUAUUCGAACUGCCGAUAUUUGGAGUUUUGGUAUUUUAUUAUGGGAAUUGAAUACCAGGGAAGUGCCUUUCUCCGAUCUCUCAGCUAUGGAAAUAGGAAUGAAAAUUGCACUGGAAAGUUUGAGAGUGCCCUUUCCUCCUGGUAUAUCCAGAAAUAUGGGCCGAUUAAUGAAUAUUUGUUUGAAUGAAGAUCCUGGAAGACGGCCUAAUUUUGAUCAACUUAUUCCAAUACUUGAAAGAAUGGCUCGAUCGUAG